AUGUAUUUCAAUCAUUUANUUGAGCAACAUACAGACAGGGUUAUGGGAUUGUAUUAUGAUAAUAAAAGGAAAUAUUUACAUUCCAUAUCCAAAGAUAGAAAAUAUAGAGUCUUAAAUCUUAGAAAAGGGGAAUUAGUAGCAGGUUAAAUUUAAUCUUAAUUAUAAUUUAGAAAUCGAACCUGAUUAAUAUGAAUUAACAUGUCUAUUAGGUAGUGAAGAAAGGAAAAAGACAUUCGUAGGAGAUAGACAUGGAGAAAUAUUUAUCUAUGAUAUUGAGAAAGUAUAUUAUUGAUAUCAAAACAUUUAGAAACGACCUAAGUUGGUUAUUAAAAUCCCAACCAAUCAAUUGUUUAUUAGAGGAUUUUUCAUAGAUAACCAAAGGAAUUAUUUAUUUUCAAUUAGUCAUGAAAACGGAGUUAUUUUAAUAAUAGAUAUAUAAUUACCUGGAAGAGAAUAAUAUUCUAAGGAAGUGGCUUCAUUAAAUGGGAAGUCAAAAAGCAGAGAAAUUGGAUGGUCAUCAAAAAGAGGUGAAAUCUAUGUUGGCAAUAUUGAUGGCACUGUUACUAUAUGGGAUGCUCGAAAAUCACAAUAAUUAUGUAAUAUCAUUAAUGAUUACUUAGAUGUACUUAAGGCUCAUGAUUCUGAUAUUACAAAAUUGCAAUGGCUAGAUGCUGAUUAAACUCUUUUGACAGCUGCUAAAGACAAAGUUAUCAAGGUUUGGUCUAUGCCUUAACAUUGGAGAGAUCCAAAAAUUGUAGAAAAAGAAUUAGAAUAGGAUUAAUAAUAAGCUAAACAAUAAAAUGUUGAACAAUUCUAUAAAAAAGCAUAAAAACAAUUUGAAUAAAAUUUCUAAGACGAUGAUGAAGAUGAUAUGGCUGUUUGGCAUAAAGAUUAAAAAAGGCAUUCAGACACUAAGUACGAAGAUAUUGUAGAAUUAAAAUGA